AUGAAGGGAUCUGAGAGAAAUGUAGAAUUUCAGUCCAGGGAAUUUCGGAGACAUGGAAAAUUCCAAUUAGAUUUAAUACUGAUAAGUAUUCUAAUCGCUGUUAUAGCUUUAUUAUAUAGAACUUAUUACUUUUUACAUAUAACUAUAUGUUCAAUAUUAUCUAUAAUAGUGUAUAUAACCUGUUGUAACUUAAUACCUUCUUUUAGUACCAAAUUACUUGAUAAUGGGUUAUAUGGUUAUGAUAUUAACAAAAUAGAGAUACAGGAUAAUAAACAAUUAAAACAAAAUAAUUUUAAUAAAGAGGUAUCAGAAAAUUUGGAGAAGUCUGAGUAUUUACUAGAUAAUAGAACUAAAGUUCCUGAAGCUUUAGGAAUAGUUCCUGCAUGUAUAUUUAUGAUAGCAGUUAUUUGUAACCAGUUACUUUUCAAUAAUGACCCUUCGAAACUAUUAGAAUAUAAUUCAGGUUUAUUAUCUAUUUGUAUGAUGACUUUUUUGGGAUUUGCAGAUGAUGUUUUAAAUCUUAGGUGGCGAUAUAAGAUGGUUUUGCCAGUAUUUGCAUCACUUCCAACUUUAGUAUCUUAUAGUGGAGGUACUCAAAUUACAUUUCCUUCUUUUUUUUGGUUAGACACACAUUUUUUAAUAGAUCUUGGAUACUUUUAUUAUAUAUAUAUGCUAGCACUUACUGUAUUUUGUACAAAUUCUAUAAAUAUAUAUGCAGGGAUUAAUGGUUUAGAAGUUGGACAAUCUUUAAUAAUAUCAAUAGCAAUAAUUAUUCACAAUAUUGUGGAAAUAUGUCUAGUUACUGAAUUUGAAAUAUAUUCAGGGAAAUCUACUCAGCAUUUUCUUUCAAUUCUAUUUAUGUUACCAUUUAUUUCUUGUAGUUUAGGUUUAUUUUACUAUAAUAAAUAUCCCUCAUUAGUUUUUGUUGGAGAUACAUAUACAUACUUUGCAGGAGUGUGUUUAGCAGUGGUAAGCAUAUUGGGACAUUUUUCUAAGACUUUACUACUUUUCUUUAUACCUCAAAUAAUUAAUUUUCUUAUUUCAAUUCCACAGUUAUUUGGUUUGAUUCAUUGUCCAAGACAUCGAGUGCCCAAAAUUAAUCCUAAAACUGGUAAAUUAGAAUCUUCAAAGAAUUUGACUCUUCUUAAUCUAAUGUUAGAAGUUUUUGGCCCUAUGAGUGAAAAAACCUUGGUUAAUUUACUAUUUUUGUUACAGAUUAUAUCAUGUAUUAUUGGUUUCCUUAUUAGAUAUUCCAAUUUUCUAAAGAAUACAUUUGAGUAA